AUUAGUCGCAUGGCAACAGCCCACUGACCCCAUGACCAGCACCCUCACAUUAUCGCCCUCGGGCGUGCUGCUGUAACCGUGUACUCGGCUGCUGGUAUCUAGUCCAAAAAUAACAGUUCCAAUGGAGAGUAGCACAGUGGUACAAGUAAGGCUCCCCCAAGCCUAUGGUCAAAGGAUGCUUUUUACAGGUCCAGAUGGAAUUGGAGACUACAAGGCAAGAUUGAUCGACUUUCCCCGCUACAUUGGCGUUGGCCCUUUGUCACCUGAGGGUACAAGCGAUUUGAAUUACCUGUGUCGGCCUGCUCCCUGCGCCCCACCCCCCAUGCCCAAACAGUGUUGCAUUGGAGGGGUGGGAUGGGGCAUGGAAUAUCACCAGCUGUUGAACAGUAGGACGCUGCGCAGCAAUGUGCAAAUUAAGAGAGCUGAAUUCCGCUCAGCCCUUGAGGACAGAGUCACCCACAGAUAUCAAAACCCAUGGCACGCACCGCCCCACUUCCUAGAUAAGCAAUCUGUUGGAGCCCGCAGCAAACUCGCAUGGACACACAAGUACGACUGUUAUAUCCAAGAUAACAACAAACAGUUCCUUCUCAACAGGAGAGAUUAACUCGUUCAGAGAAACGCUGAAGGUGCUUCACAAAUGAGUUCCUUGAAAUAGUUUGGGUGAAGAACGGAUGAUGAUACAAUCAGCUGUGUUGUCCUGAAGACCUGACCAAUUGUCUGAAUAAAUAUCACCAUUUCACCUA